CCUCCUUUCUCCCUCUCAGAACCUUGCUGUCGCGGUGUUCGGACCUCGCUGCUCCAGCCUCCGGGGCUUCCAGCCUGAGACCAGCAACAGGGGAAAAAAAUUACAUAGUUUCUUGCCCCGUGUACACCUUGAGGCGAGCACAAAAUUAAAAUAAAUUGCUACCAUGAGGGAAAUCGUGCACAUCCAGGCCGGUCAAUGUGGCAACCAGAUCGGUGCCAAGUUCUGGGAAGUCAUAAGUGAUGAGCACGGCAUCGACCCCACCGGCACCUACCAUGGCGACAGCGACCUGCAGCUGGACCGCAUCUCCGUGUACUACAAUGAAGCCACAGGUGGCAAGUAUGUUCCUCGUGCGAUCUUGGUGGAUCUAGAACCUGGGACCAUGGACUCUGUUCGCUCAGGUCCUUUUGGUCAGAUUUUCAGACCAGACAACUUUGUUUUUGGUCAAUCUGGGGCAGGCAACAAUUGGGCCAAGGGCCACUACACAGAGGGGGCAGAGCUGGUUGACUCCGUGUUGGAUGUGGUACGGAAGGAGGCUGAGAGCUGUGACUGCCUGCAGGGCUUCCAGCUGACCCACUCCCUUGGCGGGGGCACGGGCUCUGGCAUGGGCACCCUGCUCAUCAGCAAGAUCCGCGAAGAAUAUCCUGACCGCAUCAUGAACACCUUCAGCGUGGUGCCCUCACCCAAAGUGUCUGACACCGUGGUUGAGCCCUAUAACGCCACCCUGUCUGUCCAUCAGUUAGUUGAGAACACUGAUGAGACCUACUGCAUCGACAACGAGGCGCUUUACGACAUCUGUUUCCGCACCCUGAAGCUGACGACACCAACUUACGGGGACCUGAACCAUCUCGUCUCGGCCACCAUGAGCGGUGUCACCACCUGUCUCCGCUUCCCCGGCCAGCUCAACGCUGAUCUCCGCAAACUGGCGGUCAACAUGGUGCCCUUCCCACGACUCCACUUCUUCAUGCCCGGCUUCGCCCCUCUAACAAGCCGCGGCAGCCAGCAGUAUCGGGCCCUCACCGUGCCCGAGCUCACCCAGCAGGUCUUCGAUGCCAAGAACAUGAUGGCUGCGUGUGACCCCCGCCACGGCCGCUACCUCACCGUGGCUGCCGUGUUCCGUGGACGGAUGUCCAUGAAGGAGGUCGAUGAGCAGAUGCUGAAUGUACAGAACAAGAAUAGCAGCUACUUCGUGGAAUGGAUCCCCAACAACGUCAAGACCGCCGUCUGCGACAUCCCACCCCGCGGCCUCAAGAUGGCAGUGACCUUCAUUGGCAACAGCACCGCCAUCCAGGAGCUGUUCAAGCGCAUCUCCGAGCAGUUCACGGCCAUGUUCCGCCGGAAGGCCUUCCUCCACUGGUACACAGGUGAGGGCAUGGACGAGAUGGAGUUCACCGAGGCUGAGAGCAACAUGAACGACCUCGUCUCCGAGUACCAGCAGUACCAGGAUGCCACCGCCGAAGAGGAGGAGGAUUUCGGUGAGGAGGCAGAAGAGGAGGCCUAAGAGCAGAGCCCCGUCGCCCCAGGCUUCUCAGUUCCCUCAGCUUUUUCCUCAACCCUGUUCCUUUCCCUCCGAUUUUGCUUUUCUUGCUUCCAUCUUUUUUUUUUUUCUAUUUCUUUUAGGGGGAGUUCAAACACUGCCUGGCACAUGAUAGGCGCUCAAUAAAUACUUGUUGUUGAAUGUCUCCUCUUUCCACUCUGGGAAACCCUGUAUUUCUUUCUGGUGCCCCCUGUAAUCUGUCCAGUUAAUAUUUUUUCCCUUCUGUUUUCAAGAUAAUUCUCCAAGAACUGGGUUUCAUCCAGAUCCUACUGUGGAUCGAGCAGAAAAACCUAUCUGGCCACCAUUCCAAGUUCUGGUGGUAGCCAAAAUGAAGAGCAAAGUCAGCUACCUCGAGAGUGUCCCUGAGGGCAGGGGUGGGGAUUUCCUUUCACUGAGGUUGAGAGGCGGGGAGUGUUUCUUGGCUCUCCAGGUCCAAAUUCCAAGUGACAGUAUUAUCUCCAUUAUCACUCUCCAAGCUCUGUCCUGUGCUGUUUCCACUGCCUGGGGCCUGUCCCAUGGAGAAUUCUUCCCUCCCAUUUAAACUGUGAGCAUUGAUUGGAUUCCUUCCCCUGGUUGGAGCAAGGAGGUCAGAAAGGGGAAGCAGAUGGACCAGCCUUGGUCAUUAAGUUUCUAAUUUCCCAUCUCUACCUUUUCUUAGAGAAUCAGCCUUGCUGUAUAUAUGUGGAAAGGUUUAUACUACCACCUAAUCGUUUUUGAGUCACUCCCCAGAGGGGGAAGGGAUAGGAGACCCUCCCGUCUUAGGCAACAUCUGACUUCUUUCCUUUCUCUUGGUUUUGUCCUACAUUUCAAGUUUCUAUUUUGUGUUGAACUUGCUUUUUUUCAUAUUGAAAAGAUGACAUUUCCCCACGAGCCAAAAAUAAAUGGGAAUUGAAAAACAG